GUUUGAUACUCUGUAGAGCAAUUCCAUGCUUCCUCCACCCACCCCCUCUUCUCUCUCCCCCUCCUUUAAAAAUAACGAGAGAGGUGUGCGAGUGUGUAUUCUUGUGUCAUUCUAUCCAGACCGAACUGACACAGCCUACUAUAAACUUAAAAGUGGACAGCGUAAGCGCAAAGGUUAACGGUGCCCCUCAAGCGCCCUCCUUGGUUCGGAUCUAAAACCAGACAGGGGCGUCCAUCCAGUUUGGUUUCCAGUUUGUUUGUUUUUUCCAUGGUAUUGGAUUGUAUUUUAACAUCCGUUGUUAGUGAGGUUCACCCGGUGCUUUUUCCACUUGGACUUGUCAACUCUGUGGGGAAAGCCUUGCCGAUCGGAGAUAGGGAGAGCGAGACAAUAUAAGAGCAAAGACUCAGUCAAGUGUCUCGUCCUGUCAAAGUCAUGCCGGCUGGGUUUCAGCAACUUGGAGUGGAGAGAGUGACUGGAACCCUUGCCCUUUCUGUGUUCACUGCGGUUUUGGGGUCCCUUGAAUUUGGGUACAAUAUUGGUGUCAUCAAUGCUCCCCAAAAGAUUAUUGAACAAGAAUAUAAUGCUACAUGGAUCCACCGUUACAGCACACCCAUACCCAAAACCACCCUCACUUCCCUAUGGUCCCUAUCAGUGGCCAUCUUCUCAGUCGGGGGCAUGCUGUCCUCCUCCUGUGUGGGGUUCAUCUCUGAGUGGCUUGGCAGGAGGAAAGCCAUGCUUAUCAACAACCUGCUGGCAUUCAUUGGUGGAGCCAUGAUGGGCCUGUCUAAGCUCUGUCUCUCAUUUGAGAUGAUGAUUUUAGGCCGUUUCAUCAUUGGUGCAUAUUGUGGGUUGGCUUCAGGGCUGGUACCCAUGUACGUGGGUGAGAUUGCACCCACCAGUCUGCGGGGGGCACUGGGGACUCUGCACCAGCUGGCCAUUGUUACUGGGAUAUUAAUAGCCCAGGUCCUGGGGCUGAACUCCUUACUGGGCAGUGAAGAACUGUGGCCAGUGCUGAUGGGAGUGACAGUACUGCCCACUGUCCUGCAGAUGGCACUGCUGCCCUUCUGCCCAGAGAGUCCACGCUAUCUCUACAUCAUCCGCUCCCAAGAACACCAUGCCAAAAGUGGCCUCCGGCGGCUGACGGGGCGGCAGGACGUGGGUGAUGCCCUCGCAGAAAUGAAAGAGGAGAAGAGGAGGAUGGACAUGGAGAGGAAAGUGUCCAUCGCAGAGAUCUUUCGCUCACCGCUCUACAGACAGCCUAUCAUCAUUGCCAUCCUUCUCCAGCUCUCACAACAGCUGUCUGGGGUCAAUGCUAUAUUCUACUACUCCACCAGCAUCUUUCAGAAAGCAGGGGUGCAGAGCCCAGUCUAUGCCACCAUCGGCGCCGGAGCUGUCAACUGUGCCUUCACUGUGGUCUCGCUGUUCCUGGUGGAGAAGAUGGGUCGUCGAACGCUUCACAUGCUGGGAUUGGGUGGCAUGUGUGCAUGUGCCAUCAUCAUGACCGUGGCUCUCGCUUCAUUGGAGAGCGUGCCCCAGAUGAGCUAUGUCAGCAUGCUGGCCAUCUUUGGCUUUGUGGCAUUCUUUGAAGUGGGCCCAGGGCCGAUCCCCUGGUUCUUUGUGGCCGAGCUUUUCUCCCAGGGUCCACGGCCAGCCGCUAUGGCUAUUGCUGGCUGUUCCAACUGGACCGCCAACUUCAUUAUUGGCAUGGGCUUCCAGUACAUCGCUGAUCUCUGUGGCCCUUAUGUCUUCCUCAUCUUUGCAGCUCUCCUCCUCUUCUUCCUUAUUUUCACAUUCUUCCGAGUGCCUGAGACGCGAGGAAAGACCUUUGACCAGAUCUCUGCAGGCUUCCAACGUCGCCCUGCCAGCAUGAUGGACCUGGACAUGGGCAUGGACAUGGAGCUGGCCAAGGCCAGCACGGAGCUGGAGUACUUGGGGGAGGGCAGUCUGAACUGAGAUAUGGGGGUUGGGGGGCAGGGGUACAGUGAGAGGGAUGGGAGAGAAAGGAUAGGGAGCCUGCUCUAAACCAAGUAAAGCGCUGAGGGAGAACUCCACACCAUUUUUGGAGUGUAGUGGCAGUAGGGGAUCCGGAAGAAGUACAAGGCCAACCAAGAAUGAAGUGAAAGGGAUUUUCCAGAGUGAAGACAGCUCUCCAUCCUGGGAAUGAUUUAUGGUCCUAAAGGUAGUAAUGUUUUAAAUCUUUAGGGCCAGCAGAGCCAAUCAUAGAGCAGGCUCUGAGGGGAUGCCACACAGGACCCAUCCCUUGGAAUAUGAUCAACUGAACCUCCCUGUAUGGGAUAGCAUUGGGAUUACUCUUGCCGCUCAAUAGAGUGUAUUAUUAAAACAAAUUGUUUUCGUACAUAAUGUAUAUAGUGGGUUUUUUUUUUUUUUUUGACCGUUUUGUUCUGGUAAAGGGUUUCCAAUCAAGUCAAUGCACUCAAAUUAUAGAAAUACCUAGUUUCCAGCUGAACAACCCUGAAAUAAGCAGAAUUUGAAUUUAUAGUUGUGUGAACUAUUUACAGAUAUUGUAGGAUUUUAAGCAUGUAUGCCGUUUGAUGUCCAAUCUGUACUGCUCUGUGUGUGUGCCGAUUUUUAAAACAAACUGUAAAACAUGAGGACCUGCAAUUUAUAUAAAGUCAUAAUUGAUGAAAA